AGUGCCUUGAGAUCAGAGGCGUCCCUGCUCACUUCCUUCUCCUGCAGCCCAGCUUCUCUGCCGUCUGUUCACCUCCCCUCCCCCCAGGAUGAAGCCUUCCCCUACUCUGACCUUACUUUGCCUCCUGGUAGCCCUGGCUGGCGGGAACCUGGUCCAGUUCGGGGUGAUGAUUGAGAGGAUGACGGGGAAGCCUGCACUGCAAUACAAUGACUAUGGCUGUUACUGUGGAGUUGGCGGUUCCCACUGGCCGGUGGACCAGACAGACUGGUGCUGCCAUGCCCAUGACUGCUGCUAUGGGUGUCUGGAGAAGCUGGGAUGUGAACCCAAACUGGAAAAGUAUCUUUUCUCUGUCAGUAGGCACAAAAUCCUCUGUGCCGGCAGAACCACCUGCCAGCGAUGGACCUGUGAGUGUGACAAGAGGGCCGCGCUCUGCUUUCGCCACAACCUGGGCACCUUCGACCGCAAAUAUGUCAAUUACCCCAACAAGCUGUGCACUGGACCCACCCCGCCCUGCUAAGUCUGUGUUCCGGCCUCCUCCCUGCGGCCCCUGCCUCCAGCGGCUGUUGCCCCAGACCUCAGGAACACUGGCACCCAAGGCCCUCCCUCUGGAAAAUUCCUUUCCUGCAAACCCAUCACUCCCUGAGAGCUCCCAGACUCUGUCUGGCCAGGACCGCCACUAGCCUCCCAGGCCACAUCUCCCCCUAGGAAACGCCAUGCCCCCUGGGCCCUUCAGCACCCAGAAGGCUCUGUAACCCACCCCUGGGAUCUGUUUCCUCUUCUGAAUGUGAUAAGGUUUUCCCAUUAUUCCAGUACUGAUCUCAGACUCUAUUAUGGGUUUAACUAGUCUACAGUUUCAUUCAUUCAUUUGUGUUUUGAGCCCCUACCAAGUGCCAAAAAAAGUGCUAAGCACUGGGGCCCAGCAUUGGUCUGACAUGGGUGGCCCCAAACACACAAUUCCAACAUUCUGCUCUUUUAAUUUCCCAUUACAGUAAGUUUGGGGGAUUCUCUUUUUCUAACAUUCUACAGUCUUAUCCAAGACAACAAUGGCAGUCUCUGGAAGGAACAUUUCUGGAUGUAUGGCGUAAUCUGAGAGGCAUGUGAAAUAUCAGCCUAAAAAUAUUGUCCCCACUAUGUUAUCAGGCUUCAAAUCCCUCCCAUCAGAAUGCUGGCUAAGAGUAAGAAGAAGCUCUCGAAUCAUCUUAUUCAAGUCCCUCCUUUGACAGAGGGGCAUCUGGGGAUUCAGAGAGCGGAAGUUCUGCCUAAGAGGGUGUCCUCACUCCCAAGCCAGGAUGCCUCCAUUUCUUCGUGAGUCAAUCUCAGCCACUGACACUCUGCCCCUCUGGUUGUCAUCUCAGACACCCCAGAGUACCCAGGGAAGUUCAGCCAUAAGGAUGCCCGGGCCAGGUCAGGCUCCUGAUACAGGGAGGGGAAGAGGAAAGAUGGCAGCAUCCAGCAUCCUGGGGCCAACUCUGGAGCCAGUUUAAUGCACCAAAGGAUUCCCAUCAAAUGGAAUGCAGCCUCCCCUAGAAGCAGUGUAUUUCAGCAGAUUCUCCUUCUAAAUAUGGAUAUAAUAUCUCCAGUAUCCGUACUAUGCUGAUAAAAAUCUUCCAGGAUUGGGAUGAGUCUAUUCAAUGAGAUAAAGCGUGUAAAAAAGCAUCGCACAGGCGAAGUUCACCGCAGACGGGUAAUAAAUGUCCACUCCUUUCGUCCUUUUCAUGGCGUGUGUACAACAUUCAGGACUUUGAGGGCAGGAAAGAGCCUGAGGCAAUCAAAAGGAUGAUCAUCAUAAACUUUAAACGGUGAAUUUCUGUGUUAGGGAAAAAAAACAAAAACAAAAAACAGGAGACAACAGAUGUUCAUGCUUGGCUGCUGUGACUGACAAACCCUCCGUGAAGAGGCACCAGGAGACCAGUUCUUAAAGCACGAGCGGGUCUGCAGGGAAGAGGGUGUUUGUUGGGAAGAGUAGUCCUGAGGCGCCCUCUGGUGUCUAUUUUGUUCAGCUACAAGGAGGAAACAAAUCUGGCUUAAACCUGGAUUUCCCUUCAUGGGGGACAAAGUGUGUUCCUGGGCUAGUGAAAUCUGUCCCCUCCCAUUUUCAAUAACAAAUAUGCUGAGAAAUAAUCAGUAAGUCCUUACAAACAUCUUAGAGUGAUGGUGCCACUACAUUGAUAAGAAAUAAAGGAAAAAGUAACUGACUUGGGAGAGAUGGGGAGAGGCUGUGUUCUGGGCAUGAUGGAUUUAAGGCAGCGAUGGACUGAGUACCCGGCGAUGUUACAGCUGUUUAACCACCUGACAGGGUGAAAAUCAGAACUUUAAGAACAAUCCCUGGUGCAAUCUGUUUUCCCAGGCAUCAGUAAAUGUUCGGUGAAUGAAUGAGUCUGUCUAAAUCCUGAUACAGAGUAUGUGUCUGUAGGAUACACACUUGAUUUCCAUCUGCAGACUUGGUGGAAAGAACUGAAAAAAAGGAAGGAAAACCUUGACCUUGCUGUCGGAGGUUCCCGGGAGAGCUCCGUGCUCUGCCAGUUAGCAGAAGUGCAUGGGAUCCAGACCUUACUGCUCAGGGAGCUCGUUAGAAAUGCAGACUCUUGGACCUGCCCCCAGACCUGCUGGUUUAAAAGACCCCCAGGGGAUUUGUGCACACAUUACAAUCCAAAAAGUGCUGCAAAAUGGCCACAGCCCCAGUUUCUGCAUUUGUCAAAUGGAACAAUGACAUUUUCCUGGCAGGUUGGUUGUAGCAAGGUUUUACUAAUUUGGCAUGUGUGAAUGUAUACAAAAUAACGCGUAGCACACAAGCGUCCUGUAAAUGAAUGAAUGAUAAUCUUCAUGACAAUAGUAGCUAACAUUUAUUAAGCCUUUGGCAUUCCCCAGGCACUGUUCUAAAUGAUUUGUUUAUUAAUUCAUUGAAUGAAUGAAACGAGUGAAUGAAUGAAUGAAUGAAUGAAUGCAGCAGGGGGACUAAAUCAAGGCUGGAGAAGGGACUUUGUUACCUGAAUGUUUCAUAGCUGGCCUCUCCAGUUUGGAUGACAGGAUUUGGAUGGUUUUUGCUUUUGUUCCCACUUAGCCCCUAAGAAAAGCUAUUAACCAAGUGUUCAAUUAAAUAACUUGCUGAAUAAGUGAUUAGAAGCCAAGUCACAUUGGAAUUCCCAAGUUAACCUGAGUCCAAUUAUGAUUUCACACAUAUUUGUCUGCUUCUUUGGGGUUGUUGGCAGUGUCACUGGGAGAGAACUGAAUACUGUAUUAAAUUUCAUUCUUUCCUUCAAUACACUUUUAUACAAACUAUGCUCCUGGCCCCUUGCUGAAUGCUGGAGAUAGAGACAAACCUGAUGUGGUCAGUCUGCAGCCAGACACCAGUUACUGCACACCAGGAAGUGUUAUAAUAGAGCUAAGAUCGGGCUGUCAGGACCAAAAGUUUUUCAGCCCCCUAUUCUCCAUCCUGUCCACCAGCGCCAGCUUCACCUUCCCAUAGUUUGACUUCCAGUUAUGUCAUUCUUCUGCCCCCAACCCAUCAGUGGCUCCCCAUCAUCCAGCAACCCCUGACAUUCAAGCCUGGUAUCAUCUGCUUUCCCAGCCUCCUUCAUCCAGCCAUAUAUAUUUCCCUAUGCUCCUCACCGCUGCCAGAACACACCCACCUGUCUCUACCCCUCUGUGCAAUAGCUUCCUUCAGUCUAGAAGCCUCCCUCACAGGCUCCUCAUCACGUUAACAUCCACGUGCUUUAAGGUACAUCUCAAAUACCACCUUUUCCAAGAUGCUUUUCCCCUUGGAGAAGACUUCACCCUCCUCUGAAUGGCCAGCAAUGUUUGUACCUUCCCAGGAAAAUCUAACUGCAGUAUUUAGGUUGUUUUGGGUUCCUAGAUGGUGGGGACAGACUGCCCUGGAUUCAAAGCUGUGAUCUUGGACCCAUUACUUAUUCCGCCAUGUGUAAAAUGGGGGGUGGGACCAUCAGUCUCGUGGAGUGGUUUUAAGGUUUAAGUGAGACAAUGAAUUCAAAGGGCCUGGCUAGGUCACUUUGAGUUUUUGUCUGCCCUGUUGAAUUCAUUAAGUGGAUGCUAUCUGUUCAACUGAAUCCACGGAUACGUGAUAAUUACAAUUAUUUUAGGGGACGGGCAUCAUACACGUGAUAAAUACUGUACUAAUAUAUUUGAUAGCCCCCCUGGUUCACUGCUCUGAGUGCUCAUUUAUCUUGAAUGGACAAGUGUAAAUGAUUACCUUUCAGUACCCUGAACUGCGGUCCCACACAGGCAAUGAGGCAAAACUGGCCAGAG